AUGGAUAUUACAAAAUCUCCAGGAUACAAAGAUUUUUUGUGGGCUGUUAAUCUACAUCGUUUUGGAUUUAAAAUGAUAGGCUUGUGGCCUAAACCUAACAAAUGCACUGAGAAAAGUUUGUGGUCCGAAAUUUGGAUUGGCAUCAUUUUUAUUUUGUUAAUAUUUAUUUCUAAUGUUCCGAUGAUAUAUGCAGUUAUAGAAGUUUGGGGUAAUAUGGUACUUGUAAUAGAUAAUUUACAUACAACGUUACCGCAACUGAUAAUAUCAGUGAGAUACAUCAUUAUGCGACGGAAACAAACGGUUAUAUUGUCAAUUUUAAACAUGAUGGCGGAAGAUUGGAUAGCAUUUAAACAAGAUAAAGAGAGAAAUGUGAUGAUAAAACAAGCACAAACAGCACGAUUAAUUAUGAUAAUUGGAUAUGUUUUCAUUUCAAUAGCGAUUCUCGCAGUAAUUAUUCCACCUUGUUUUGGCAUUCCGGUAGUAUACGUAAUAACGAAUUUCACGGGUGUGAACAAACCGUUGCCGUUGAAGACUUAUCAUUUUUAUAAUACAGAUAAGAGUCCGCAAUUUGAAUUGACAUUUUUUAUUAUUAGCUUUACGACUUUAUUAGCAGGUAUCAUUUACAUGAGUGUAGAUAUUUUUCUAAUUUUAAUAAUUCUUCACAUUUGUGGCCAGUUAGAAAACUUUAGAUGCCGUUUAACUGAUUUGAUUUCAUGUAAAAAUUUCAAUGAAGUUUUGAACAACAUCGUAGAAACCCAUUUACGUCUUAUCAGGUAUGAAUUUUUAAUAUACUAG